CGGAUGUCACAGAUCCGGAUGCAUGCCGAGCCGCUACUUUGCGGCAGAUUUUGUCAUGCCUUGUCAAACGUGGAUUUCAGGCGUGAGGCGUGGAAAAGAAUCUCGAAAUUUGCAUCCUGUGAAGGCAUCCAACCGGAAAUACUUAAUCAUGCUGUAGACGUUCGAAUGGUGAGAGCGCUGACCAGCAGGGUGGCUAACAAACGGCAUUGAGAAGACAGAAGCAUCACGGAAAAGAAGGAGGAAGCAAAGCAGAGCCAAAGAGAAAGAAAUUCAAAGGUAGAGCAAGUUGGACAGCGAUGCAUUGGCGGAUCUGCGAUACACCUCAAUGUGUAGUCUUCUCCUGGCCUUUGGGCCCUGAUCUCCAUGUUACGGAACAAGAUCACGAACUCAUGGGGCACAUUGCGGCUUACUGUACCUCUCACCGCCAAAUUGCUGUUCAUGCGUGUUGCCACCGCGACAUCUUGCCCCCAAGAUCUUGCGCUUCUGCUGUGCACUAUCAACGUAUCUCACGAGGUACUGGUCAUCUUCUGCGCGGCUUCGUGCAAGAAGUCGCCUGCUGGCCAAGAGCCCUUCUCGUAGGGUGAGGCUCGUCGUCCGUCGAGGAUGAAUCGUCGCCAUCAAGCAUAC